UAUGCAAGGAGUUUUUGCAUCGAUAUGUGUCUAUGGCUAAUUGCAUGGUUCGGCACAUCACUCACUCCCAAUUCCAAAGCUAUCUCUCACUUCACUUUCUGAGUUCAUCACCCUUUUUCUCUCUCUCCUCCUAUGAGUCUAUCACUGCUAUGAUAACUCCUAAUACUCGAACCUUCUCUUCCCAUUCUCGCCAACAGUCCAAAACCCCUUUCGUUUUCCAUCUUCAAAACUCACCAUUUUCUCUCUUAAACUACCAAAAUUGAUCAUCGACUUUCGCUUACACUGCAUCCAUGGCUACAGUUCCGUCCACUGUUGAUUCUGUAAACUCAAAUGCCUUCUCAUUUUUUGGGUUAUGACUCAGGUUAUGAGAAUCCAACAGGUUCAUGGAGCACAUAUCCUAGCGUCUAUAAUCAAUAUCCCUCUGUUGUAUUUCAAAGUUACGGACACACUCCUCAAAUGUCGUAUAGACCAUAUGUUCCAUCUUCUAUGAGGCGCCAUGGCCAGUUAUACUCUCCACAACCAUUUCCCACCUCAGAUUACCAGUCACCAGUUUCUCCAAAUGUUCAAUAUGGUGCUUCAUUAAGUUCAGUUACUCAGGCAGCAUUACCAAUUGACUUAACUCACUAUGCGAACAACGAGAUUGUUCCUCUGAGACGAGGUCCAUCACCACUUGAAUAUUCUGGUGGAGAAAGCAACCUUAUUGAAAAUUUUGAUGGUUUUAGUUUGAUGCAGCAGGGAUUUGAGAGGCUAGGAGUUAAUGGAUUAUGGUCAGACGAGUCUAAACCUAUGAAUGAUCAGAGUUCUUUAAUUCAACUGUCACCUGCAGCUGCUUCUUCAAAACAAAUUGCUUUACAGGAAUUGCCGGGGGUUAAUCUUAAAAUGGCUUUUCAACAUGAAGGGCUAGUAUAUGGCUCCAGUUCUUGUACAAGUUCCUAUCAAGGCUACUAUAAUGAUGAUCACUGCCGUGGCCAUAGAAGUGUACCAAAUUACAGUCCAGGGAUUAUUGGACAAACCUGGUCUGUAAGUAAGGAGGCUCAUGAAGGAGGGAGGCAUGAUCUUUUGUGUGGUUGUACAGGUAUGCUAGCAACACAAACUGCUCAAAAUAGGGGGCCUAGGGCUUUGAAGCAAAAAAGCCAGAGUGCAGCAAAUAGUUCCAUCAUUAAUGAAAGCAAGAAUAGAACAUCCCCUAAUGUUUAUAAUGGGAGUUUGAAUCUGCUGGACUCUUCAAUCAAGUAUAGGGAUGCAAAGUUCUUUGUCAUCAAAUCUUACAGUGAAGAUAAUGUUCAUAGGAGCAUAAAAUAUAGUGUUUGGGCAAGCACUCCAAGUGGCAACAAGAAAUUAGAUGCUGCAUAUCACGAAGCAAAAGAAAAUGAGCAGGACAUUCCAAUAUUUCUGCUAUUUUCAGUUAAUGCUAGUGCUCAAUUCUGUGGAGUAGCUGAGAUGGUAGGACCUGUUGAUUUUGUCAACAGUGUGGAUUAUUGGCAGCAAGACAAAUGGACUGGACAAUUUCCUGUCAAGUGGCAUAUAAUAAAAGAUGUUCCAAACAGUCAAUUUCGUCACAUUAUAGUCAAGGGCAAUGACAACAAGCCAGUUACUAACAGUAGAGAUACUCAAGAGGUGGAAUUACAGCUUGGGAUUGAUAUGCUGAACAUUUUCAAGAACUAUGAAGCCCUUUCAUCCAUCUUGGAUGACUUUAAUUUCUAUGAAGAACGACAGAAAUCGAUGCGGGAAAGGAAAGCUGGCCGGCAAGCGAACCCAGCUUCUGUGCUGGAAAUUGGAGGUAGUAUAGUGCAACACCCCAACAUGCCCUGUCACUUUCCAAUGUCUUACUCAAGACAAUUUUACAGCUAGUUGUUCAGCAACUUGGUCAUUUAAGUGUGAAAUCAAAAUAGACAAAAGGGAGUUCUUUUUAAUAGACUUUGAGGCAAAACUCAGUAGACAUUUUGAGCAAAAGAAUGUCAGAAGCCCAACAUUCUCCAUGGCUUCUUCACAUUACAUGUGUUUUUUCAUACUGUGUAUAUAUAUAUAUAUAUAUAUAUUUUGGAGGGGUUGUAUCAACCACAUAAUGUUAUUGUUAAAGCAUUUCCCAAUCUUCACCUGCUA